UACAAUUAUUGUUGAAUAAUUUUACAAUAAAUUAUUAAUUAACUUUUGGAAAGUUUCAAUACAUAAAAAUGAUUAAAAUACUGCUAGUUUUUAUUUUAACUUUGAUACUAUUAUUUACGGGAACGAUUGGGGGUCGUACUUUUUUGGAUGGAAAACGGCAAGUCGGUGAUAAAAUUUUGUAUCAAGAAUAUAUUCAAGCUGCUGGUUCACCAUUGCAUCGAGUAAAUCGACAAGUUGCUUUCGAUGGCUUAAAAGGACGUAAAGUUACAAUGAUUAAUGUCACAGAUUUAGCAUUGCCUACGUCAGAAAAAGGUGGUCGAGUCUCAUUAUUAUCUGGCGGUGCUGGUUAUACAUUUGCCAUUUUAGAUUUUCGAUCGGAAAUAUCGAAAGGACUAAAUUUUGAAGUGGUUAUUUAUGGAAAAUAA